AUGGAAUACCUCAAAAUAGCCCACCAAGUGGUCACCGAACCUCUCCUCUGUCACCUCAACCUCCUCACCCCUGGCGGAGGCGACCCUACCUAUGGCCGCACCAACAUCCCUUAUUCUGCCGCAGAACAUCGUCUCAUCUACUCCAAUCCCGAAGUCUCUGCUAUCCGACGUCGUGUUCUCAUCCCUGCUCAUUCUUUGCUCGAAUCCGGUUCGUGGGAUAAGGAAAAAUGGUCCUGGGUCACGUACUACAUCUGGACCUGCCCUGCCGCACUCGAAUCCGAACAGCUCCACGCAGAUAUUGUCAUGGCACACGGAAUCAACGAUUACGCAGGGAAACUCGCUCCGCAUGCAUUGCAUUUCAUGAAACGUGGGUUUAGGGUGAUUGCGAUCGAUCUUCCUAGUUUCGGCAGGAGUACAGGUUUGCAUGGUUAUUUGCCAAGUAUGAAGAUCAAUGCUCGAGCCAUGCAUGCUGUGGUGAUGGAUGUGAGAACCUGGGAUGAGGAGUCUGGUCUUUUGGGAAAAGCGGGGAGGGAGAGGAAGUUGUUUGCUGAAGGCCACUCAAUGGGAGCUUUCACCGUUUUAUACUAUGCCGCUCUAUACCCUCCCCUCGCACCAGGGAAAGAUGGUGGACCGGAUCUGACUUUGAAGCAAAAACCUAGUGAACAAGCCAAAACGACCUUGGACGAAGAACUGGUCGAAGAAGCACUGAACGCACACGAACGCACCCCUCUCGCACAUCAUCAUCCGGAACACGACUCUCGUAGCAACUCCAACGGGUACGCUUCUUCCUCUGUCGUCCCUGGAAAAGCAGCUCCUUACCGCCCAAGCCUAUCGGGUGUAGCAGUAGCAGCACCCAUGAUCACCAUUUCUUCCCAAUCCCGACCCUCCAAAGCUAUCGAAUACAUCGCCCACAUCCUUCGCCUCUUCGCUGGCCGUCUCCCCCUAGCCUCCGCCAUCAAGGGAAACAUUUCAGACGACCCGAAAGUAGAGGACGAAUUCAAUACCGAUCCGCUCACCUACAAAGGCAAAGUUCGCAUCAGCACUGGCUUAGCCAUUUUGGACGGGAUAGAUGAUCUAGCAGAGAAGGCGCAUUUGAUUACAUGCCCAUUGACGAUCCAUCAUGGUGCGAACGAUAGAGUUACCGAUCCGAAUGGAAGUAAACAGUUCUAUGAAAAGCUUGGCACACCAGAGGGGGAGAAGAAGAUCAAGAUUUGGGAGGGCUACGAACAUGUAAUGAUGAAACACGUUGAGGGGAUGAGUAAGGAGGAUACGGAAAAGACGAUGGUGGUUUUAAGGGAGAUUGGGGACUGGCUUGUGGAGCAGGCCCGCAAGUAA